AUGAAGACGGGCAACCCCUCAAAAUGGGCCGCCGGAAUCUUAGAAUGUGGCGGAGAUCCAGGCACAUGUUUCAUAACAUGUUGUCUCCCAUGCGUCACCUUUGGACAGAUCGCAGAGGUGUUGGAUGAGGGUCGAAGUUCAUGUGUGGCUCAAGGCUGCAUCUAUGGUAUCUUGAUGUCGGUUUCAUGUCAUUGGUUAUAUUCAUGCUUGUUUAGAGAAAAAUUGAGAACCAAAUACGGUUUGCCAUCUGACCCUUGUAAUGAUUGCUGUGUUCACUUCUGUUGUGAACCUUGUGCUCUUUGUCAAGAACAUGCUGAGCUUAAGCACCGAGGGCUCGACCCAUCUAAAGGUUGGAUAGGGCCACCAAAUGCUGUUCCACAUAUGCCACCUUCAAUGCAAAGAUGAGUAUAAAGUCACUGUGUCAUAUGAUCAUUUGGGGAAGGAGUUGCAUUUACCAUGUUCUUAUAGUUAAAUUGCAUAAAAGACUAUUAUUCCUAAAAUAUUUUGUUUUGGAUAAUAUAGUUACGACUAUUUACAUUUUGUAUUAUU